AUGGAAUCACAAAAGUCUACAAACCAAACUAAUAUUAUAAAUAUCAAUGAUAAUAACAUCGAUGACAGUACUCAAAGCUCUUCUUAUGAACCUAUUGAAAGCUUGUCUCGAUCUUCACUUAGUGAAUCUUUUACUAAUACUUUAGAAAAUUUGUCUGUUGGUACAGAAGAUGUUCCAAAUAAUGAAAGUAAAAUGAUGAAAUUAUUAUUAGAAACAACUAAACAAAUAUUGACACAAAAUAUCUCUAUUAUAGAAAAACAAAAUACUUUGGAUACUACAAUUACACAACUAGCUAAUGAUAUCAAAACUUUACAGUCUUCACAUAAAGAUUUCAAGUCAAAUAUAAAAGACAAUAAUCAAGAAUGGUAG